AUGCCUCAGACAACCAUGUUCCAGUCCGUGGAGGCUGCGUGCCGCGUGUUGGAGCGUGAUCCGACGGGUCGCGAAGCUGUUGGCAUCUGGCGAAGCAUCGAGGUCCAGACGUUGGAGGGCACGCCGCUGUCGGAUGAGCCCAUUGUUAUCUUGGAAGGUGCAGAUGGGGUCGGGAAGUCUACUCUGGCGGAAAACCUCCAGCGUUCCAUGAAUGCAUCGGUUGUGAAGACACCGCCGAAACCUUUGGGUCAUUUUCGGCAAUAUUUCGAUUCUGCGGAUGCGGAACUGCGGAGAGCUUUUUACAUCUUGGGGAACUACGUUUGCGCUGCCGGUCUCCGGUGGUUGAGUCCUACGCAGCCCAUCAUAGUUGAUCGCUUUUGGCCAUCUUCAGCUGCUUAUGCUUUGGCUUGCGAUCUUCAAUCCUCGGCAUGUCAGCAUCCAGAAAUCGCGGAGAUGCCGAAAGACUUGGUGGAUUUGCUUUCCUUUGGGUCACGGCCCAUCGUGUUCUUGGUCUUGGACCUUCCUGAGAAGGUGCGGGCGUCUCGUGUGCGUGGCAGACCCGGUAUCAUCACCCAAGAGGAGGAGUCCUUGGAGCGGGAUGAAGCACUUCGCGGAAGCUUGGCCCGUGCAUAUGCAGCUUUGCGGCUUCCGGAGGGCCAGGUCAUGUCCUUUCUUGAUGCUUCGGGCGGUCCAGGAGAUGUGUUGCAGCGGGCACUUACAAUCAUAAGAUCGAAGAUGGAGGAGUUUCGUGCGUCACCGGUGCCACUCUCCGUGAAUUGGCACUACACGAGGCAAUGCAACUAUACGUGCAAGUUCUGCUUCCACACUGCCAAGACGUCUUUCUUCCUGCCGCAAACAAAGCAAGGCAUGGACGAGGCGAAGCAAUGCUUGCGACGUCUGCAGUGGGCGGGCAUGCAGAAGCUGAAUUUCAGUGGCGGUGAGCCGUUCCUGCAUGAGAAGGAUUUGGCUCUGGAAUCCGUGAGCAUUGUCUCCAAUGGCAGCAAGAUCACAGGGGACUGGAUUCGAAAGCACGGUAGCUACGUGGACAUCCUGGCCAUCUCCUGCGACUCCUUCCUGGAGGAGAUCAACCUAAAGAUCGGGCGUGGCAAGGGAUCCCACUUGCAGCAGUUGCAACAGAUUCGGCAGUGGUGCGAGGAGGCCGACAUCAAGUUCAAGGUGAAUACGGUCGUCAAUAAAAUGAACAUCAACGAGGACAUGAGGGACAUGAUCCGCCGGCUCAACCCGAUUCGCUGGAAGGUUUUCCAGUGCUUGUUGUUGGAAGGAGAAAAUGCGGGUGAGGAAGCUUUGCGCAAUGCAAGGAGGCUGACCGUUUCGUCUGAAGAGUUCCAGUGCUUUCUGGACAGACAUUCGCAGAUUGACUGCCUGGUGCCGGAAGACAACGAGAAGAUGAAGGACUCCUACCUCAUUCUGGAUGAGUUUAUGCGUUUUCUGAACUGCACUGGUGGCGCAAAGACACCCACAGCAUCUUUGCGAGACGUGCCGGUCAUUUCGGCAUUGAAAGGUGCAGGAUUCGAUUCGAAGAUGUUUCUCACACGUGGUGGAGUUUACGACUGGACACGGCAACGAGCUGAUGGAUGCGCAGGGGAAGGCGCCGACCUCGAGGACCUAGCAGGCAGCCGCACGACGCCUCAGCGAACGCCGCUCAGGACUGGCAUUCCCAUCAAUUCACCACGCCCUUGGGGCCAGGUGCACGUUCUCACUGCCGCCGCAUUUUUGGCUGCUGGUGUGAUGAUCGCCGUGGGCAGUUGGUUUGGUUGGUUCGAGUCGUCCGGCGGAGAUGAAGAGGUCCAGAAAACGGCACAGCUCGGCAACCGGAGGCGGAUGUGUCGCGACCAGGGAGACCCAUGCGCGCGCACGAUGCGAGCAUUGAAGGCCAGUCAUGACAAACUGCCCUUGGGAUUGCAGAUCGUGCCGUUGGAGUCUUCAGGUUUGCAACCACGUGCAGAGUCGCAGCGUCCAUCUUCUGAGAGUGAGGUGAGGGUCUACGACCUUGGGAAUACCUUCCUGACACGUUGGCCCAAUGCGGUGGCGAAAGGCUAUGGUGCCUUCCAUUCUGGAGUCGAAGUUUACGGCAUGGAAUGGUCGUUUGGCAUGACUGCUGACAACUGGUCGACUGGAGUUGCAGCCAACUUGCCAGGUCACCAUCCAGAUCACUGCUUUCGAGAAACUUUGUCAAUGGGCUGCACCAGCUUGUCCAAGGGCCAGGUCACGGAGAUCAUUCGAGAAAUGACGUUAGAAUGGAAGGGCCGGACCUACGAUGUACUAUCCCGGAACUGUCAUCAUUUCUCAGAUGAACUUUGCCGGCGCCUGGGGGUGGCACCACUGCCAGAUUGGGUGAACAAGCUUGCAGGAACGACAGCUUCUGCAGCUGGAAUGAUCGAAGGCGUGUCGCAAAGCACGGGAAAGAUGGCAUCGGAUGUGGCUUGGCUUUUCACAUCGGCUGCCGGUGGCGUGUAUAGUUUGGUGGCACCAACGUCUGCAGAGGAGACGUUGCACCAACGUGCAGGUUUGGACGACUUUGAGCUGGUGAGGCGUGGAUCUGCGCCUGCUGAACUCUGGCGACGUGAGAGGCCCUGUGAACUGAAGCAAUGUAACAGUGUUGGAACUUGGAAGCUGAAGCUCGGCGGGUCUCGACGUAGCUGGAUCAUUUAUCACGAGCUCUGGCUCAUGAGUCUGGAAUUGUUGGCCGACCGGGCACGGCGUUUCCGAGAGGAGCUGGGUCGGCGCUUAGAGGGUGCUCAAAGGGAGGUCGCAGGGAUCGCGGAGGCGCCCCUCGGCGGCCUCGGGGUGGCUGCCGCGGCGGUGGAGCUGAUCGAGGCCUCGGAUCCGCUGCUUGCGGGGGAGAAGCGACUUCCCCGCCAGCUGGAGCCAGCAGAGGCCCAUCCGACCGAUCCGACCGGAUCUGAGACCAAAGUCGACUACCCGGAGGCCACAGUGGCCACAAAGGCCACAGAGGCCACAGCUCAGCGCGGUCCCACACACUGCUCGAGCGGCAAUCUUGGUUGCGGUGCUUCACAUGGCUGCUCUGGCUCUGUGCAGAUCUGCAUCGACUCUGCUCAGCUGGCAGCGGGUUUUGCGGAGAUGGUUCGAAAGCGCCAGCACUUAGCACUCAAAGUUCUCCUCUCGGAGGAAACUUUUCUCGUACCAUGCUGCGCCGCGAGGGAUGGAGUUCUGGUGUUCAGCCAUAUGUCCUGGCAUCCGCUGCGAUCCCUGCGCUCAGCACGACUGCAACUGCUGGCGGCUCAUAACUCCGACUGUGUACAGACCAUGAAGGAGCCCUUUGCCUCACAUCUCGUUGUUCUGGCCACGGCCGAGCUGCCGCAGCAGGUGUCGCUGGCCUUGAGCUCGGAGGAAAUCAAGGCCCCGCCGAUGGAUGGUGCUUUGGAGCCCAGUGGGGUUCACCUCAAGGUUUGGCUUGAAGAUCUGCGGUUGCAGCUCGCUUCUCUAAACGGCGUCUUCGUCGUCUUGAAGUUGGGGCCGGAGCAGGAAAUGGUGGCGCACUUGUCCCAGCACGACCAGAGAGCAGAAGGAGGAGAACUGGUCGGCCGCCUUGGAUUCAUGGCCGUAGCGGAGCACACAGCUUGGAGCUUCGACCGCGCUCGGAAGAUCCUCAUGGCAGGCCCACAUCCAGAGAAAUUGUUCUUCCAAGUAUGGAGUGGGCAAGAGCUUCUGGGUCUUGCAGGCCUUGAAGUACCUCCUCUUCCUGAGGAUGCAAUGCAUGAGCUUGCGGAGCGUGGGCGACCCUGUGUAGACCUGCUGGCCGUGGAAUUGCCGGUGCAAGCAACCUCCAAUGGUGAGACGAUCGGAAGCCUUCGCACGAAGAUCUUGGCGGAGUUCGCAUCGCAGAGGUUGCAACUUGGUUCAGACACUUCUUUGCGCAUCACCUUGCGGAAUCUUUGCAGAUCUCCCCUGACCGGAUUAGACGGCAGAACUUUGGUCUUCGAGAUCGCUCCCGGGCCGAGACAUGAAGCUGCUCCAAAGGAUGUCCUAGCCGAGCUCGGCAGGCGCGGCUGGGGUCCCAGAGCUGCUGCUGCGAGGGCAGAGCGAGCGGAGCUGAUGGGAAACCUCCAGCAGCGGCUCUUCGAAGUGGUGCAUGCAUCCGGUGUCGAAGUGAGCAAAGCAUUCACCGUUCUCGACACAAACCGACGAGAUGGCCUUGUGGAGAUAACUGACAUGGUAGCGCUCCUCAUCCAUCUCGGACUUCCUUUGCCGGAGGAUCUUCUCCACAUGGCAGAGCAUCUCUCCAAAGACGAGGGGUGCCAGGUGGAUUUGCUGGAGUUCUGCAGGCACUUCGAGGCCUGGCAGUCCGCGCGUCCUCCCCGUGCUUCUGCUCCAGCUCCAGCCCCUCCGCCCUCAGCCUGGGAAGCACUGCUUUUACCACAGGGUGCACGAGCAGAAAGGUGUCUCUUGCUGCCGACCUACUUCCUCUAUGCACUUUUGGAUCCAGAAGCCACAGGUGCCGAUGCAGCGGCUGCCACGUACGGCUUCUGUGACCAACAUGGAAUAGGUGCAUUGACCUAUCGGGACUUUCGCCGCUACGUGGACCGUGUGGAUCAGCUACGGGCACAGCGUCUUCCACCAGAGGCCUGCCUGCCGAUCUAUGUUUUUCGAGAGGACAUUCGGGCAACGCUCGAGCUUGCAGACACGACCGCGACUGGCAGCAGUGGUCCCACAGAGCCGGUGAACCGGCUUGCGGCCGUGGCCGCCUCUCUGCAGCGCCGUGGGCGAGAGCUGGACCACGAGGAGCUUUUGUCGGACCUACGGCUGUCCCCGCAGCUGGCAGCACACAUGCUGGAGUGGCAGGAGUCUAUUGCGGCGGCAGUGUGGGCAUCGAGAGGCAAGAGCGCCCCGCCGUCGUUGACCUACCGCGGGUUUCUCUCCCUGUUGCGGCGUGCACAUGCUCUCGUCCAGAGCCAUCUUGACGGCCUUUUGCGAUCUUGUCUCGUGGCCGGUGUGGACUUGCAAGUGCUGAGCUUCGCGCUGCUGCGGCCCAACCAGGCCCUGUCAGCAGAAGAGCUCGCCGGUUCUCUGGCUGCGGCCGGAGUGGAGCUCGCCUCUGUGGCCGUAGAGCCGAGAGGCAGACCUGCUGGAACCGAGGAUCCUUUCCUUACGGAGGUCUUGUCCAGCGCGCCUCCGAGGUCAGUAUCCGGCGGGGUGCAGAGAGUGUACCGGGAGCGGGUCUUGGUGCGAGUAUACGAUCUUGGACAGACUGUUUGGACCAGAUUCCACAACCAGCUGACAAAGAACUACGGGGCCUUUCACACUGGCGUCGAGGAACAUGCAGAAGCUGAGAACCACAGCUUGAUCGUCAGCCAGCAGCGGUGUUGCGUGAACCAGAGGCUGCUGGAGGCUUUGGGGUCCCGAGCCGCCACGGUCCUUGAGAAGGCUUCGUUGUUUCAUGAUGCGGCACUCGUUGGUAUCCAGAAGCCAUUGGAAGGCCAGAGCUUAGCAAGCAUUUUCUGGUGGCCUGGCACGGCACUGUGCAGUGGCAGGCUGGCUGCAGAGACCACUUCUGCAACCUUCGUGACCUGUGCCGACACAUGCGGGCCGGUAGAAACAGCUAACAUUGGAUGGGCGGCUGGCACCCUGCGGCACUUUGGCUUUGCCGUCCCAGAAGUCUUGGGCCGUGCAGCCGAACAGUUGAGUAUGAGUUUCGCAGCCCAAGAGCUAGCAUCUGUUGCUCGGACGCUUGCGGUGUUUGAUGUGUCCCGAAAGCCCCCACUGGCGGCACCAUGCAACGCUGGAUGCGAAGCAGUUCCCUGCAUGGAUGUGCGAUGCCUUGCCGGCAUUUCUUGGGCCUUCGUGGUUCUCGUAGUCAAUGGCGCCUGCACCGUCCGGAGGAUCUGCAAGCACUCUGAGCAGCUUCUCGAGUGCUCCCCAGAACAGUUUUCCGCACAGAGUCUCGCUUCCAUGGCGCGGUUUCUUACAUCGUUGGAUGAGGGCCAGAGUCCGCUGAUGGACCAAGCCGUCAGACUGUCGUGCAGUGUUGCCUCCAGCUUCCGGGACACCGAAGCGGCUAUGCUGAGCUGGUCGCUCUGUCAUUCUGGACGGUUGGAACUUUGUUGGAGACUCAUUGACGCUUAUUCUGAGUCGCCUAGAGAGUGCUCCGACGAUCGUGAUCGUGCGGCCCUGGCAGUGGCAGCUAUCGGCCCGCUCCUGGCAACACAUGGAUUGGAGGGGGAUGCUGAGGGCUUUGCAAGGAGUUUGAAGGCCUUGGUCUCCCUCGGAGAGCUCCCCGGACUUGUGGAUCUAAGUUUGAACGUCGCUGGCAUGGCUCUUGCAGAGCUUGGCCGGGUAGAUGCGGCCGUCGAGUCGCUGCAAAGACGGGGGAUUCGAGUCUAUGGAAAGGAAUGGAGCUUCGGCAUGUGCAUUGACAGGUAUGCGCCCGGGAUCACUUGCAACGAGCCUGGCAAAAACUUAGACCAUGCCUUCCGAGAGACGCUUUCAAUGGGUUACACUCGAUUCUCGCCAACAGAAGUUCGCAAAAUACUGGAGGAAAUGGAGAGAGAGUGGAAAGGCCGCGACUAUCAUGUUCUGACCAAGAACUGCCAUCAUUUCUCUGAUGCGUGGAAGUGCAUGCAGAGCAGCAGAGCAGCAGUGUCCCGGCACUUUGAAGUCACCAAGGCCAAGUCCCGAAGCAGCAUCUUGGCGUUGGCCACCUUGGCAACUGGCCUGUUGGCCUUCUUGUGGAGCAUGGAUCUCGGCUUCGUGGUCCCACGCAGCACCUCCACCAACCAGGCCCCUCCUUCGAGUGCUCUGGUGGCUGGCAGUGCGGCCUUGCUUGCAGCCGCCCCGAUGCCGGCCUAUGCGGGAGGCAUGUUCGACUUCGGACUGACGCUGCCCUUUGUGGCGGUGUCCUUCCUCACCUUGAUGGCAGUGCUGAAUGCGCUUUUCUAUGCUCCAGUGUCCGAGGAGGUUGAAGAGCGCAACGCCAAGCUCCUGCAGACCCUGUCGGAGGCCACGGACAUGCUGGCAGAGGCUGAUGAGAUGCAGGUGCAAUACACCGCCGCAAUCAAGGAGGCCCGCGAGAAGGCUGCACAGGAGCUGGCAGAUGCGCGAGCAAAGACAGAGGCUCUCAUUGAGACCCAGCUGACGGCUGCCGCGGAGGCACGCGAGAAGAAAGCCGCUGAAGUGAAGGUGAAGCUCAACGCAGAGAUGGCAUCCAAGAUCCAGGCUGCUGAGUCUGAGAUCGUGAAGAGGAAGGAUGGCUUCGUGAAGGCGACGCUGUCUGGAGUGGGCCUUUGA